ACCAAAUCAUACUUUACAUUGUGCACUCUAAUUCCCUUGUUUUGUUUACCCACAUUUGUGAGACUAUAUUAUAUUGGAGCAUAUAUCAUGGGUCUGAAGUUUACACAUGGAGUGGUGAUAUUAAUUGUUAUAAGUGCUUCAAUGUUUUCAGUGAGCAUGGCCAACAAGGAUUGGUCCUUUGGUUUCAACUACACUGAUUGGUGGUCUAGAUUUGGGAAUCAUCCUCAAAACAAAACACAGCAACAACCCAGGCAAAUUCUCGUGGGUGGCUCAGAGCAUUGGCACUACGGUUUCAACUACACCGAUUGGGCCUUCAAGACUGCCCCAUUUUACCUCAAUGAUACUCUAGUUUUCAAAUAUGAUGCUCCAAAUGCCACCAGUUUCCCACACAGUGUGUACAUGUUCAAAAGUUUUGGGAGCUUCUUGAAGUGUGACAUUAAAAAGGCUAAGAUGCUAGCAAAUCCCACACAAGGUUCGGGAGAGGGCUUCAAGUUUGUGUUGAAGAAGUGGCAGCCUCACUACUUUGCCUGUGGUGAGAGAAAUGGCUUCCAUUGCAACAACGGUACCAUGAAGUUCGCUGUGAUGCCAAUGUUUCGUCCCUUCUGGAAGUGGCCUUGAGAAAGUUGCGCCGUUGCAGCUUCUUAUAUUUUGUUUUUCUUAUAUGUUAUGCCUUAAGAUUCUGUUGGCAAUUCAGAUUUUUCUAAGCUGUUAUAAUAAAAUAUUUUAAUGACUCUGUACUUUUUUGUUUUGCUUGUAAGUUUGGUAACUUUGGUUAACGUUUGUUUGUGCUCAGAAAAGCAAGUUAUAGCUGGAGGCUAAUAUGGUGCUCUCUUUUUAGCAUAGCCAUAAUUUGCUGUUUGCUUUGUUCAAUUAGAGGUUUUAUAGCUUUUUCUAUUAUUUAAGAUCUUACUAUAAUAAUUUAGAGUGUGCAAAAGCUGUGUUACAAAUAUCAAAUACAACAGAUGUCAUUAUAUGUUGUCA